AGCAAGGAUUGAGUGCUAGCAAGCUCGAAGUAUAUUAUCCAACUUGUCAAAAUGUCGAUGAUACACGCACCAAAAUGAUUCCACUUUGCAGUUGUCUUCUGCUUGUUAUCUUGGCCUAUUUGCCAGCUCGAUCGUCCUUCAUACUUCGCCGGCCCCGGUACAGCAGAAAAAUGUUUCCGUCUACAGUCCACAGGCCGAGGCAGGAAAACGAGCCAGGCACCAACACAACAGUUACAGAAUCCUCUUCCGUCCUGGUGUUUUCGUUCGUACCAGAAUACAUAGCAGGAGCCUUAUCUUCAAUGAAAGCAGCACAGGCAUCGUAUGACGCAAUUCGAGAUUACGGAAUGGAGCAACUAGGUUCUUACUACCUCAGAACAGCAAAGCAGAUCCACCACAACGCCACCGAGGCAGCAAUUCCGGACGAAAUUGAACAACUCCGCCUCAAGCGCUGUGAAUCUCUGGCCGAAUUUUACGACACGCCGUGGUACAAGUUUUCCAGCGGCGACCUCCCAUAUGACAAAGAAAAGAUGCUUGUCGUAACCGCGCCGACGAUUUGGCGAUACUGUGAAGCAGUAGAAAAACUGGGCGCGUCGAUGUGAUUGUCGCGCAAGCCAGCGACUUCAUACCUUUGAAUAAGUUUCUUUGCAAAGGAAAGAAAUCGACAACGGUGGAGCUACAGAUGAAGUUGGGCACUCAGCUCUCAAACAAUUGGCGCCAAAUCUACGACGCCUACUACGAAAUGGGGCCCACCUUCAAAGCAUUGACGGAAGAGCAGAAGAAACUAGUGCCGAGAAUGACGCUUCUGAAAAUUCCAGUACAAAGAUUGAGCGUCUUCCUUCCGUUCACUACGCCAGCGCCUGCAGCGGGGAAAGGAAAAGGGAAGGGCAAGAAGCAUGGAACUACAGCUGCGCAGCAAGGUGCUGCGUCAUCGUCUUCUCAUACGUCAAAGGGUGGCGGUUCUUUUUCUACUUACUUGAACCAGCGACAAGAUAACUCUACCCAUGCUGCCCCCGCAGGUACCUUGUUGGGGGAUAACAUAACGUCGAAACUCCAGACGAGAAUCCUCAUUCAAAAUCCGGAACCGACCAAGCAGCUGAUACGGAAGCAGAAAAAGUGCAGCAUGAUUACAAAAAACAACGAGCGAAUAACUCCGCCGAGCUAUGCGACGAAGCGAUGCCGCAGGCAUCAACUUCUUCUUCCUCCGCCCCACCUGCAGCUUCAAAUUCCAGUAUCAACGUCGGUAAGUCCGCAUCUCACAUCCAGCAUUCAGAAACUAAAGAUGGCGCAGCUGGUUCCUCGUCUGCCGGGAUGCAGAUGCCUUCGUCUACAUCUGCCGCGGAGCCAAAAUCUUCAUCUUCAGAUGCGGGCCAGGAAAAAAUCAACGAGAUUUUUAAGAACAACAAGGGCCACAGCUUCCACAGAAACAAAAGGCCCCACCCAAGUCCCAGCCCUUCGCCCAACUUCAACAAAAUCGAUGACCGGGCUCAGGGAACAAAAGCGUCUUCUUUUUCUACUGGCGGUAAACCGGCAUCCUCCUUCGGAAAAACUUCGGCUCCCCCUGCAAGCGGCAGCAACAAAAUCAACAUCAACAGCAAAGGACCAAAUAACUUUCAGCAUGUAGCUGCAUCUUCUUCUCCAGCAUUCCACACGCCGCGGGGUGGAGAUUUUUCUACGAAUUCUGGAUCAGCAGCUGCAUCCUCAAAGAACCAAAAUAAGCAGUCUUCCCAGCCCAGCAAUGUGUGGAGUAUGAAUACCCAGCAGUUUCAGUCCCAGUCCCAGAACCACACCGCCGCCUCUUUUCGACCCCGCUAGCCCCGCAGUCCUUGUGCCUUUCUUCCGCUGUCUCCACCUCCGCCGCUCAACCCAAGGUUGACGAUGACAAGAUAGAGGCAGCUCUCUUCAAAUAUGAUUCGAUAAAUUAACUGAAGUACAUGUGUUCUAUUCCUCUUCGCAAGCAUUUUCACUCGGUGUUAGUAUCGUUUUCUUCAGCUAAAGCUAGUAUUUCCGUCUUCUGUCUGAGAGAACAUAUAUUUUUAUUUUUGCAUGAAGUAUGCGUCUUCUUCUGUCUUCUGAGAGUCCAGAAACCUUUAUUUUUGCAUGACAGAAUGUUGAGCGACUACUUUAAUUCUCGAGAGGGUUUCAUUCUUUCCUGCCGUUGAGCAUCUUACUCUACUGCUUCAUGAGAGAUUUUACAUUUCAUUACUUCUAUUUCUAAUGACAAAUUUUGCAUGACAAACUCAAAAGCACGAGACUCUCCUGGGGAUCAACUUUUAGAAAGCUAAAC